AGAAGAUUAAGAUUGGGAAUGGGAGUGGGAGAAAGAUAAAUGUGGCAUAUUCAUGUCUUCCCCUCACCAUUCUUUCUUUGGAGUCAAGGACUGGGGGGUUAGGUUUGUACUUAAUUACGCUUCUUAAUUUCUUCUUUAUCGAUCACCCAUGAUCUACCUGGCUAGCUAGCUAGGGUUGCUUCUGCUGCAUUCUCGACCGCCAAUCAAGGAUUCUUCUGCGCUUCCAUCUUAACAAGUAACGAAAAUGGUGAGAAGGAAGAUACCGAUCAAGAAGAUCGACAACGUAACUGCGAGGCAGGUGACAUUCUCAAAGAGGAAGAGUGGUCUUUUCAAGAAGGCACGCGAGCUCUCUCUUCUCUGUGAUUCUGAGAUAGCACUCAUAGUCUUUUCACCUGGUGGCAAGCUCUUCGACUAUGCUAGUUCAAGUAUGCAGAAGGUAAUUGAAAGGCAUAUUUUAUGGUCAGAGCUGAACCUUGAAAAAUUAGACCAAUCAUGUCCUACGGAGCAGCUUAGAUGUAAUUAUGCUGAUUUAAACAAGGAAUUUGGAGACAGGACUCGUGAAAUGAGACAACUGAAUGGAGAAGAACUGCAAGGAUUGGCCCUAAGGGAGCUUCAGAAAUUAGAAGAACGACUGGUCUCAUCCUUGAACCGAGUUUAUAAAGCGAAGGUUGAAAAUUUUACAAGAGAGAUCGAUAUUCUUAAGCAAAAGGGAAACAAAAUCAUGGAAGAUAACAGGCUGAUGAAACAGAGGAUAAAACCGAGGAAUGAAAUAUGUUCGGUCCAGAGACACGAGCAUGAACAAGGCCGGUCCUUUGACACCUCCCUCACGUUGGGGCUAUCUUUUCCUGCUGGCUCAAAGUACAGAGUUUCUGAGCAAUGAGGGGACCAUGAUACUGCGUUUUAGUUAGUGUGAAAAGGAAGAGUGAAUCACCAAGGAUAAAAUGGUUCACGUAUAUAUAUGGUGGGUCAUCUCUAAGUUUAGAACAAUGACAUUCUACGAUUGCCCCAACUGAAUAUUUAUUUUCUAGUAAUUCGUGUUUGUUAAUUAGUAGAACCUUCUUAAUGGAUAUGGUUUAGGUAUGAUAUUAUCUCCAUAUUUGUGAGGAAAAUGAUUUUAGUUUUCCUUCUCA